CACCAUGGCUGCCCCUCACGACGAGUGCGUAUGCGAGGCACUAGAUGCGUUAAUCAAGGUUGGAAUAGGCGGUCACGAGCAAGGCGCGCCUGUGCCGUGGGCGGUGGCAUGGGAGGCAUUGUGCGCGAGCAAGAGUGGGGAAGGUGGUGACGACGGGGCGGCGAGUGCCGCGUGUCUAAAAAAGGUCGUAGAACACGACGAGGGCGGCGUGCACGGGCCUGGGAGCGGGGCAAGAGUCCGCCAGCUUGGCGGCAUGUCGUUUGUGUGUGCGCACUACACAGGCGUGGCGGCGGCGGCGCUGGAAAAUGAGUUGGCCAAAGUGCUGCAGACGCUGGACGAGGUGCGACCAGGCGUUGCCCGCGGGCGGACCGCAGCCGAGCUCGACGCCGAGUACGAUGCGUACAUCGAGGCGCUGCACCAGUACAACGAGAUGCGCGACGUGGCGGUGGAGCUUUUGGGCAAGCUCGCGGUGAUGGAGGGUGUUCGGGUGACCGAGUUGUACGAGCGGUACGAGCUCGACGUGACUGACUGAGACGAGGGCGAGUCACAGCGCCUCGGGCAAGAAGAUCGGAUGGGUCUGCCGCAACGUGAGCGACUUGCGGCACAUCGGACACCGGCGGGUCCGCGAGAUUGCCUUGCGAAUACAGAGCUUGCAGAAGACGUGUCCACAGGUAGUCGAGGUGGGCGUCGUUAUCGCGUCAAGGCAGACGGCGCACUGGAGCGCGACGCGAAUGAGCGGCGCGGAAGUGGCCGUGACCGGCGGCGGCGCAGGGACCGCGACCACGUCGUCGACCGGGCGUACAGAGG